CAAAUAAUUAACAGAAUGGUCUUUAGAGACCAAGAUUUGUUAUUCAAAGAAUUUCAAAUCCUUUCAAAGUCUUCUUUGUCUUAUACUUGUACUUGGUAUGACUGUAGUAGUCAUCCCGAGAAGAAUCUUUUAAACUUUCCUGAUGAAGAUAUUUAAAAAUUACUGUAGCUUAAAUCUGAUGGUCAAAGUAAUUAAUAUGAAUAUACUUUAGGUUUGAAAUUAUAAAUUAUAAUUUUUAUAUACCAUAUAGAGACAUUUGAGGAUAGUAUGCUAGUAGAUAAAAAAAUUUCAUAAUUUAUUUGAG